AAUAAUUCUAACUCCUUGACGUACCGAAAUAACCAUUUCGUGUGGAGCAUAUAUAACUUUCUCCGGACGGUAUCACCCGUGCCCAACGCCCCAAUCCGCGCUCGUCCGUCUAAGAGAACGAACCCCCGGAGAAAUAAAACUGGUGUUCUCGCACAUACCCCACCGGAAAUCGAGUGUUCGCGGUUCGUCUUUUUUCACGGGAGUUUGAUCAUCAACUCGACAGAUUAGUUGGGCCCGAAAUUUCGUGCGGAGCAAUAUUUAUUAUGAUUUUUCAAAAUGAAGUGUGACUGGUUUUCCAAAUAAAAAGGUGUGUAGUUUUUUUUAUCAUUAUUUUUUUUUAUUUUUUUUUUUUUUUUAAAUGAAAAGAAGGAAAAAAGCGCCGAGAAUCGAUGGAUUUACGGCGUGAUCGUAGCGAAACUUUGUCGUUAGAGCACGAAGAUCGUGUGGACGGGAUUUUCGACGUUGUCAUUGGCAAUGACGAGAAGCGCACGGAUUUCGAGAUCGGUGUGUCAGAAGUGCUGUAAUAAUAGAUUUGUCAGCUGUCGAAAGGAGGCAAUGAAGAAAUAGCACCGAUCACGUGCCCUUAUCAUCGUGGCCUUGACGAAGAGAAGAAAGCAAGAGACGGUCCAACAUGGACGCUGGUGAGAAUGCCGAGGGCUCGCGCGACGCCGCGAGCGACGAUGAUCCUCAGCGGAAAGUGGAGAAAGCAUCGGCCUAUGCGAAAAAUCGAUGGAGCACCCGCUCGAUGGAAAAAAUCGAGGAGAAGGCCAGCACGAAGCGAAAACGCCCGAAAUUCGUUGGCGCUCGCCUUCCAUCCCCUCCGCCCGAUCCCCGAGCAGAAAUAUUUGCCGAAGAAAUGGUUUCUUACGAGAACACCGCAUCGAAAGCCGCGGCCAAUGCUCUCGGCGUCGAUUACGCUUUCGAUAACUUGGACAAGCUUCACUCCUUAAUGGAGGAAAUUUUGGAGAUGCGGGAUCGCAAUGCGAAACUUUUUCGACGCGUUCGGGACUUGGAACGCGUCAGAGUAACGAGGAAGGCGAACCUCGAAGCCGAGAAAUUAAUCGCCUCCGGACAAGACGUCGUCCUGCCCGACGAGGAUGUUGGCUUCGCUGAAUCACUCCUGGGCGCUAUGCUCUCCAGCAGCUUCGAACUGUCCAACUCCCGGAACAACGUCGGACGAUCCGCCGGGUCGAACAGACUCCCCAGGAGUCGCUCCAUCGGCAUGGAACACCGGCGUGUCUCCUGUCCCGUCACUAUUGACAGCGGACAACGAAACCACUAUCGCACUCAUCUACGGGCCUCGGAAAACAAGAAAAAACGACCCUCGCUGGCCAUCGGAACGCCCAAAGUUUCCAAGUGGACGCGCGUCAAAGCUGCUUUCAAAUGGGAAAAAGCUGCCUGCACGAAUAACGAACUCCCUUCAGAAACAGAAGCCAACGUUAGGUACCUCAAGAUUCCUGAAAACACGGCAGCCUCCAGCGAAGUCUCGGGACCACCCACACCAGCUGGUACAAUCUCAUCUUCGUCUUCCGUCGACGACGUAUUUCACAGACCUCUGAGACCUUCGAGCAACCAAUCUACGAGAAUAACGAGAAGAGAUGAAAACAGUGAUCCUUCGCGAAGGAGCCGAUCUCUCGAUGGUGACGCCUCGGUACCAAUGAACUUUGUUUAUAGCUCGCGUCCAAGAUCCAAGGACAAUUCGGCUUUUCGAGGGAAAUCCGUUGAUCCGAGAAUCCACAAAACACCAUGGGGAAAAGUGAAGGACAUGAUGCAACUACGUCGCGACAGUAUAGGACGACUACCAGCGAGAAGUAUGUCGAGAAACGGCGAUGGUCACUCCACGUCGAGUCUUGAUUCUUCGGAGAUCCAUCGAUCCGAGCAACACGCAGACGGGAGGCCACCGAGGAUUCGUGUUUCCGGCGAAUCGAUAGCAGUCAGCAGCACAAAUAUAGCGAAAUCCAAUUCGAGUAACGUUGCCAACGAUUUCGUGGAUUUAGCAUCGAGACGUUUGACACCAACGCUAACAAUAACGGUGCCAUCGAGCGAAGAGCUGCGAAAUUUGUCGUCCCCGGAAUCGGUGACCCCGUCACCACCUUCGCCACGACAAAGUUUCGAAUCCGGGAAAUCCGAACGUUUUUCACAGCUUGGCUAUGAAACUCCGAAGGAAACGAGAACAGGACAAGUUUCACCGGCCUCUUCCAGCUCCGGUAUUCUCCGUUACGGUCUCGGGAGAUCGAAAACUUGUCAGGGUGUUCCUUUCGCCGGGGAUUACAAGAGACAGCAAUCUCUGAAAGGGGAAUCGUUGGGUUCAUCGCCGAAGAUGCAGCGCCGUGAUUCGAAAUGGAAUAAAGUGAAGAGAGCUUUUCUGACGAGUGCGACUUCUGUACCGACGAGUCCGAACCGAGUAUCUUCAUAUUUCUUCGACGAUGGUGACGCUACCGGGGGCAGUUACAGCGCGAGUGCGAGUGCCGAGGAUCUGGAAAAUGAGAGUGCUUCGAGUCCGGGAGUGCACGCCGAAAUACAAAGGAAUUAUAGACUGUUGCACGACAAAUUUGGAACGGAAUUUUAUCGUAAACUAGCAGAAUGGGAAAGACUGAAAUCGAACAAUAAUUCAUCGGUACGAGAUUCUCCGAGAUCGAAUGCUCGCGAAAGGGAUAAUGAAAACUUGCGUUUGUUGGGCGAGGAACGUUUGACUCCGGAGUUCAAAAAAAAACUGGAGGAAUGGAAGAGAAUGAACAAAGGGGGAGGCGAAAAUCGUGGCUCGAGCACUAGUGAAAAUCGCUCGGUCAAUCGUCGACGCAUAACUGACUGGCAGCUUUGGAGAUCCUCCUCCAAACCGGAGAACAAAACCGAGGGGCCACGAUUGUCGGACGAUUUCAUCAAAAAGAUGGAAGAAUGGAAGAGAAUAAAGUCGGCAACGUCACGACGUGAAACUGAACCGGCAAUGAGAGCACGGGGACGCAAACAACGAGCAGUGGCCGAGGACGAUGAGGAGGGGGACGAUGAUGGGGAAGAAGAUGAAGAGGAGGACAGAGAGAACAUAACGGAUAUCGGAUUGUCGGAAAAGAGACGAAAAGCUUGGAAAAAUCUCGAGGACGAAGAGUUCAAGUCUUUGGAAAAAGUGCUGGAAGCUUUGGAAAUGGAUCGUCAGACGAGGCUAUCAAAACUGCAACGAAUUGUGGGCUCGCAGCCUCAAAAAACUCGGGAAGUAUUGAUCCACACGUCCACCGGCCUGUACCGAUUCGAAGGGAUUUCUCGUAAAUUUACGAGGAAAUUGUACGAGUGGGAAAAAAGUCAGGGAAUCUCGCCCGAACUUUCAACUUUUCGACUUUUGGAUCCAUUGAGAUACGGGGUCGGAUCUCCUCGUACCCGAACCACUGCGAUUUAUGGAACUGAUGAUGAAACUCCUCGUAGAAAUCAACAUCGUUCGAAAUCUGUUGGCUGUGUCGACAUAGAUUCAUGGAGAACGAAACGCGAUAUGGACAAAACGACGAUCCGAAGACUGUGCAGUUUAUCGUUGAACGAUAUUGACAAUAUCGAUCAUAGGAGCUGCGUAAUUGCAUCUUCGAUCCCAACGAUUCCGGAUGAAGAGGACACGUCUGAGGAUAUAGCGAUGGAGGAUUCUGAGGCCGAACCGGAACCGGAAGCCGUUAUCGUGGAUGUUGAGGAUGUAAUAGAGGAAACUGCGAGUCCUUUGAGAAAAUAUCAACCUCAUCAAACUCCAGUUUACAGCGUUGCGAGUAGUGAAACAACGAGUAUCGCGGUUCCUCUCGGUACUGUAACUGCGAGACACGAACCAUCGCCGAUUAUUCUCAUCGAACCCGGCGAAAUUCAUCCACUGCGAGCGCGUGCAUGUUCGAUCAAUGAAGUUCAGACCGGACUGUUCUACUCCGAUGGAAACGACGAGGAGUGCGUUACAAUUGCGACCACUUUGCCUUCUUCAUCGAUCGAGUCACAACAGCCCGAGCAAGAACGUUCGAUUGUUGGAGGUCUUACGACUGAGCGCGAAACUUACGAUUUCGAUAAAAAUGAUUUAUCGACUGAGGGCAAUAUGAAAUGUGACGCAUCACAAACCGUCGCCGCAGUCGAUCGACCAGCGACUGAUGGAGAGAAAGAGGAUUCGUGUGGAAACUGGCAAAUGGCUUCACCGACCAAUGUGAACUUCGAACACCGAACCUUUCAGCAGCCAAGUGAAAUAUUAAUGAACGAGGAGGACGAAAGUUACGAGGAUGCGGUAAUAACCGUAGGAAGCAACAUGAGACAUGCGAAAAAAUUACUCAAGACUCGACGUUUGACCGAUACUUACGUGGGUUACGAUUGGUUAAUGAAGAAUCGUCCAACGACGAGUAACAACGUAAUAAACAAUUUCAAAGACGAAGGUGAUAUUGACAACGACGAGAAUUCCCUGUCGGAAAUAAAUGACGAAUUCGAGGACAAUCCAAACGUCGAGAGAAUAAUUAUAAACGAGGAUACACUGAACAAAAUAGUCGUUCCAACGGCUUCGAGCUCGAGCCCUUUAUCGGCAACCUUGAAACUCGACGGAGAUAAAACUUGCGAUCGGGAUGCCGAUAAUUCGUCGAGGAAAGAGAAGAGAGAAGCGACGAGUGUUUUCGUGAAGACGAAACGAAUCGUAUUUUCGCCUUUUCGUCGGGAGGCUAGAAACAAAACAAGCGGAAAUUCUUUGGAAUCGGAAAACUCCAACGACCGUAAAGAAGGCUCGAGCUCCGAAAGGGCUUACGAGCUUUCGAAAUCGGACAAAAGCAAAUCAAUAUUUCCAGCGAUUCCUGCCUCAGGAGAAUCCGAAGAACGUUUUUCGUCACCGGAUACAAAUUUCAUCGUCGAAUCCAAGCGUCCACUUGUUCCGAAGUCACCAAUUCCCGCUAGAAAAGAGUAUACGGUUUCAUCGAACAGAGAAAAGUCACCGAGUAUUAGAAUGAUGAUUCGACGUUACAACGAUAAAGCGGAGAUCGAGAAUUGCGAGCGCAGAACCGCAUCCUUUUCGCCGAUCGUAACCGCCACUGGUUCUGCGACUUCGAGUGGCAGUGGCAGCAGUACUCCAGGCUGGAGAACGCCUCUGGCCGAGAGAAGAUCGAUCGGUCGUCCGGACCGAUAUGACGAGGCAAAGAAAAUGUUGAAACCGCGAAAAGUGGGCAACGAUUCUUCCGCUCGAUUUUGCGACACGUCGGCGAGCAUUUUGUCGAAGAGUUCGAGCGCUGAUUAUUUGCGUCAGCGAUCGAACCUUGAUACGCGUAGAGAAAGGACGAUGGAACCGGAGUUUUCGUCACUGUCAAUUGACACGGGUCCGAGGAGCCUCGAGUUGCAGGGAAACAAUCUUCCGAGUGCGUCGUCGCGAGCCAUGAAAAUCCGGCAGGCGAAAGAGCAUUUUUUGUCUAUUAACAAGUUUGAAAAUCCUCCAGAAAGGGAGGAAACAAAAGAUCCGCGAGACCGACCCGAAGAACCGACGGACACUGAAGAAGAGAAAAAAAAGAGGGAAAACGAUAAAAAAACGUGUUCGGUCGAGAGAAAUGAUAUCGCGAAAUCCGCCAGUGUAGGAAUGAUAAAUGUCGACGAAGAUACUUACGAAAGGCUUCAAUUCGCUGGAGAAAAUGGAGCCGAGCGUGGCUGUGAUUCUUUACCACGUUCGAACGAGCAUCUCCCUACAACGGAAACGAAAAAAUCAUCGACCAGUAAACUUUCUCAAAUCGCGAGUAAAUUCAAAAAAGCUCGUUUGAGACGUGCCAAAGACAGGGAAAAUUCGGGGAUGAGCACCGUCUUGAAACUCUGCAGACAGAGUCUCCUCGUCGACAUCGCGACCAAUAAUUCGUCGUGUACCAAUGAGGGCGAGUGCUCCAAUAGUUCAAUGCCCACGGACGCGACUACCAGACAAAAAGACGAGGACGCUGAACGCAAGAAUGGCGAUAAGGCUGAUCUCUCAAAAUCGUAAAAAUUAUUCGAUCGAUCCUCAAAUCGUUCGACUCGGGAGUUCUGCCUAUACGGAAUAUCAAAAUUGCUGCUAGCGAUGUGACAAUCGUCUUCACUUUGCUACUCGAUCUCAGAAUUUUAUUCGAAACUGCCUGAGUGUAUCUCAGAUCUGAGCACAGCGGAGCGGUCCCAUUCGUAUCAACUCAUCGGAAAUUAUGUCGUUAAACUGAGGAAGUUUAGAUUCACUGUGUCAUUGAAAGUGUACUUCGAUUACUGUCCACAAAGGUAAAUUUUCAAUCACGAGUGAGACGAAAGAUAGUAUUAUUUUGCAAAGAAAAAUUAUUGGAAGGAAUCCCCAAAGUCACGCUUAUUGGCGAUCACAAAAAAUGGUUUCUCGAAUAUUUUAUUAGUGACGGAAGCCAUAAAUAAUUGAAUCCUAUAUAUCGCUUUUACGUUAUAAUUUUCUCUAGAAUAUUACUUACAUGAACAUUUAUAUAUUUAUAGUCUAUUGAAAGUGACGAAGGAGAGACACGAAUAAAGCUAUCUAAAAGAUGAAA